AUGUUUAAGCACUAUGAUUAGCCAGAACUAAGCAAGGAAAAAAUAAAGGAUAACCUUAUAUUGUUAACACUUUCUCAAAUGAACGAUUAGAUUGAAAGCAACAUUUCUUUGCCUAAAUCACUUGAACAAAAUAAAUUCAUUUGGGCUAGGUUGAUGUUUGAAAAUAAGAAAUUGCAGGAUCUCGUAGGUAAUUUCACAGAUUAAAUUAAAGAAAUUAUGGAAAGAGAAAUGAAACACAAAAAAGAUAAGUUAACGUAAUUUUUGAAAACAAUCAGAGCACCAGAUAGAAGCAUUGGCAACGCUAAAAAAUACAUUGAAUCAAUUAAGAGAAAUUAAAAUAUGAGAGGAAAGACAUCAAACUCUACCCUUAUUGAUGGUUCUUUAUCCCCAAAGCAUCAUUAUGAUGCAAAUGACGGUAAACAGAGUUCUCAAAGGACCAUAAAAACCAUGAAUAACUCCCCUUCUGGAGAACACUUAAGUAAUUUGAAUUAGAUAAGUGAAUUAGCUUUUGCCUUCAUGAAAAAUAGAAAUAGAGCAAGUCAUAAUAAGGAUUCUAAAUAGGUCCAUUCCCCAACUGUGAAAAUGAAACGCAGAAAGUCUAUCAGAGGCUUCUCAAAUUAAGAUCCUCAUGUGAUGGAAGUUUAGCCAGAUGAUCCUUGGUAUGUUGACCCAGCAACAUUCGAUUUUUCAGCUAUGCUGGGUUCUUAACCUAUUACCACUUAUCAUUAAAGGAUGAAGGUUGUCGAGAAAAUACAGAAAAAAUAUUAAAAAGAGGUAGCUAGAAGAAGAUAAUUGCACCUAAUAAAAAAGGAUAUAAGUUAAAUAGAGAAAAAAGUAGAAGAUCUUGAGAUAGAAAAUGAUAUUUUUCAUUAAGAUUUAACUCUCACUUCUGACAGUGUUGAUCCUUUGAUUAGGUAUUAUCUAUAUCUGUAAAAAUUCGAUCCUUAAAGAGCAAAUUUAAGUCUUAGAAGUAAGUCAAUAGAGUUUAUGUAUGAUUGGCGUAACAAACCGUUAGAUAAUUGGAAUGAGAUAGAAAAGUAUUGGUGCGAAUUAUGGAAAACAAAGGAGGAGUUUGAAGAGGAACUUAAGCAUGAAGAAAAAGGUUACUAACUAGAACUUAAAUAUCAAAAGAGAAAGCAAGAGGAAAAGCUUUUAUAGUAUAAAUAAUCAGCUUCUUUCUAAAUUCAAGCUCUUGAAACUGCUCUUGUAGAAUGCAAAAUGAAUUACAGGAGAUAAAUCGAUCAACUGGGAAUGCAGAUUGCAGAUAUGGAAUCUAAAGGAAUUAAUAAUACUUUAUCCUUUGACAAUAUUGAGACUCUUUUGAACAAUAAACCAAAAGCAAGUUCAUUAUCAGAGACAGUUCACUGGGCUUCUAAUCUGGAAAGAGCUGUUAGAUCAUAGCAAUGGUUGAUAAGGGAUUAAAUGAAGAAUAUUGAGGUGCUUAAGCAAAAGUCUAAUUCUCAACUUAACAAAAUUAAACAUCUGGAGGAACAGCUAUCUUUUAGUAGUAAUUAAGAGCUAGAGUCACCAUACCUAAAAAAGGAGUAGCAUGAAUUGUAUUAGUAAAUGGUUGACUCUGAGCAAAUAGAGGAUAUUAUAAAAUUGAUAGAAAAUGAAGAGAUCUUUGAAAAAAUGAGUGAGGAUAUAACUCUUUGCAAGAUACUAAAGGUUUCUACGAGAGAAAUAAGAAAAGUCCUAAAGCAUACUGGAAUAAUUGGUCUAAAGGAAUUCCAGAUUGGAGAAGGAGGAGAAAGCAUAAAGCUAUCAAGGCAUUAAAUUAGAAUUAUCCAUGAUCACUUGAAUUUACCUUAGAUUACAGCAUUUCUUGGAAUUGAUCCUACCAAAGAAGUAUAUGACAAACCUUAAUCUUCUAUUCAUAAAGCAACUACAAUAAAAAAUUUAUAAAAUGCAGUAAAAAAAGCAGUCUUAGUAGAAAAGCUAAACUCUAAGCCUAAGAAAACCACUCCUAAGCCUAUAAAAGAAAAAGGAGAUUCUUAGAUUAUUCCAGAUGAGACUGAAGUGCUCAGAAAUGAAAAGAAAAGAAUGAUAAAGAAGCAAUAUAAGACAUUAAAACUCUAAGAUACUAGUUUGAAUCCUCUAUAAGUUGAAUCUAUUGUCGAGUAAAAUAUCUUAUAGUUUUAAUUAUAUCCUAGGAAAAUGAAGGCACUAUAAAGAAUUGUUCAUUUGCCAACAAAGAUGCUAGAGAAUAUUGAUGGUAAUGUAUAAGCAGAUAAAAUCGUGGAGAAUCUAAAUGAAAUGAUAUUCUCAUAAUCUAAACUUAAUCACAGAUAAAAAACAACAGUACUAGGCACUGUUAAGGGAAAUGAUAAUCAAGCUUUUGAAAUAUCUUUUUCUGAUAUGAUAACUUUUGAAGACUCUCCUGCUAAAGCAGGUGGCAAGGUCUGUAUUCUCAAUCUUGAGGCAUUUUCUGUUUACAUGAGUUAAAAUAAAAAUAAUGGGGAUGCUAUUAAGAAACUUUUCGAGGAUAUAAUAGCGAUGAAUUAAAUAUUAGCAGGAGAAAACCCAACCUAAUUUUAAGUCUAAUAAGAUUUUGGAGCUAUGAAAACUGAGAGCAAGGAAACUGGAAAUUAAACAGAUAAUACUAAUGCUGAAUUCAAAAAUAUACAAACUCUACCUGUUUUAUUUGCGAAUGAAGUUUUCGAUAGCAUUGAAUUUGAAUUGGUUGAGAAUUAAAAAUUUACUAUUUUAGAGCUCAUAAGACUCAGUUUAAAAUUCUUAAACAAUAGAUAGAGUUAAAAUUAAAAUAUUACUGUGACUGAAAUAUUUGAUGAGAUAAGCAAGUCACCAAGAGAUAUAGUUCUUAAGCCACCCACUAUCACCAAAGGUCCUAUUAAGAAAUAAAAUUCUGACAUUUAGGUCUCUGGAGAAGCGUAGAUAAGAAAUUCAAGCAGCUAAGCCUAAAAAAUUGUUGAUGACAGAGAUUAAUAAUAAACUAAUAGAUAGAAGGUUCCGGUGAAAAAGAAUAUUGCAAUAUAAACAUCGUUGGAAAAUGAGUAAAACGAGAAAGAACAUUCUAAACUAAGGAAUCAAACGAGAUAAACAAUAGGUAUACUUAAUGAUUUCAUUAUAAAGACUAAUAUGACAAAAAGAUCAAAUGAUAAAAAUGAAAGUGCAGAUUAAAGCAAUAAUCAUGGAAAUGAUUAUACCUCCUUACGUUUAGAAACAACUAAGGGAAGUUAAAGUAUUAAAAACAGAAACGCAUCUUUUAAGCGUUACAUGCGAGAUUUCGAUAAAGAUUUUUUCUUUCAGAGCGAGCAAGAUAUAUUCCCAGCUGAAUCUCAAGUUAUUAAGCCUGAUGAACUUAGAAAAAUUUAUAAGAAACUUGAUUAGCUCGAGAAGUUGAGAUAAGAGACUACUUUUGAGUUAUCUAGUUCCUGGAGAAAACAUAACUACACUACUCCUAUUAUAGUUAAGGAAUCGGAUCAGAAAAUUUUCACUGAUAGCAAGAGAUAAAUUAUUCAUCCUUCUGAGCUAGAUAAUAGCUCAGAAAUAGUGUCUACUAAAAAUCAGAAAAUGACAAGCUAGGAUGAAAGAGAGAGAUCAAAUUAUAUCAAUUCAAACGAAUCUGAUGCGAUAUUUCAUUAAAAAACUCUUUUAGAAAAGCUUAAACUUAAUAAUUAAUAGAGCAAAUCUAUUUAACCAUCCCCUAACAGGGCAGACAUUGGAAAAAUAGGUGAUGCAAGUAUAGUUCAACUACAUCCUAAAUGA